AUGUCUAUACAUGUCCGGCUCUACCGAUCCAAGGUCCCUCGCGGGGUCUGCUCUGCCCUCGCGGUCGGCAGGCACGUCCCGAGACGUCCUCUGUCCUCCGUGAACGCCUACAUCUCCCACGCCCCGAGCCGUCAAGACGACGCACCUCACCGCGUCGACGGGCUUGGAGUCGCCGUCAAGGACAACAUAGCAGCCGCCGGCCUCCAGACGACAUGCGCCUCCAACAUCCUCGCCGGCCACGAGGCCCCCUUCACCGCCACCAUCGUCACCCAGAUGCAGCGCCUGGGCUACAGCGUCACCGGCAAGACCAACAUGGACGAGUUCGGCAUGGGCACCCACUCGACGUCCUCUGCCUACGGCCCCGUGUCCAACGCCGAGCCCAUUCCUGACCGCUCGGCCGGCGGGAGCUCCGGAGGCAGCGCCGCCGCCGUCGUCACGAGGAGCGCCCACGUCGCUCUGGGCACCGACACGGGCGGCUCGGUGCGCAUGCCCGCCGCCUACACCGGCACCUACGGCUUCAAGCCCUCCUAUGGCAUGAUCUCGAGAUGGGGCGUCGUCCCCUACGCCAACUCGCUGGACACGGUCGGCAUCAUAGCCCCCUCGGUCCCCAUCAUCGAGCACGUCAUCCACAGCAUCCGCGAGGAACACGACCCGCAGGAUCCCACCUCGUUGCCGGCCUCGGCCCGCGCGAGGAUUGCCAAGGAGAGGACGAGCUUUGUUCCAAGCCAGAGGGAUAUGCCAUUGCGUGGCUUUACUUUUGGGUUGCCCCUCGAGUACAACAUUGAAGAGCUGGACCCGAGGGUCAGGGAGGGCUGGUCACAGGCCGUCGACAAGAUCCAGGACAUGGGCGGUCGAAUCGUCCCUGUGUCGCUGCCGUCGACCAAGAACGCGCUUUCUGCAUACUAUGUCAUUGCCCCUGCUGAGGCCGCGUCUAACCUGUCCAAGUACGACGGCAUCCGCUAUGGAGAGCGGGCCGAGGAUGCCUCGAGCGACGCCAUGGACGGCGUCUUAUACGCUAAAACGAGAGGGGCCGGCUUUGGUGCUGAGGUCAAGAGACGCAUUCUGCUGGGAUCCUAUACCCUGAGCUCCAAGGCGAUCGACAACUACUUCAUCCAGGCCCAGAAGGUCCGGCAACUGGUACGGAUGGACUUUGACCGCGUUUUCAAGCUGUCCAACCCCCUGCGGGAUGAGUCGUCCUUUGACUUGAGCGAGAUGGACGAGACCAUUGUGCUAGAGAACAAGCUCGGCCCGAGCCAGGUCGACUUUCUCGUCUGCCCGACGGCACCGACGCCGCCGCCGAAACUCGAGGACGUUGCGAGACAGACGCCCCUCGAUUCUUAUAUGAACGACGUUUUCACCGUCCCGGCCAGUCUGGCGGGGCUCCCCGCCAUCAGCAUGCCCAUGGAUAUCCCGUCCGAUGCAAACAGCGCCGAGGAGAGGCAUCUUGACUUUGGGGGCUUGCAGCUAAUCGGACAGUAUUGGGAUGACUUGCGCCUGCUCGGCGUGGCCAAGGAGCUCGCCGCAAAGGUGUCCGCGAAGGCAGGAUCUAACCAGGUCUGA